UUUCUUCACUUCAGAGAAAGGGCCGCUCACAACCUGCAUGGUUCUUUCUUUCGCUCCCUCUUAAGGAUAGCCAAGCAAGAGCAGGCAAGCGGGGAGCUUUUGUUUUGCGCUUGCUGUCGGAUGGUCCCGCAGCGCGGCCGGGGAGCCCCCUUUGGGAUAACCCCGGGCAAGAGGAACGCAAAGCUUUGGUCUUCUGAGACCCCUCAGCUCUUCUGACAAUAGACUCUCUGCGCAGAACCAAGACGACUCUCCUCGUUCAACUUCUGGAGGAUUUAGGACGCCCACCGCUUAUAUUAAGCUGCUUGUGGAUUUACAAAUUGGGAAGCGUUGGAGGCUUUUUGGAAAAAGUCUUCCCCCUCCCCCUGUUCCGCCAGCCCUCCCUUUUGGCAUGAGACGAUCGACAAGCUCCACCUGGAGACAAUGAUCGCAGAGUUUGUUCACUUCUAUCUCUUUGGAUUAAUAUGUCUGUCUACAGGUUCCCGUCUUCGACAAGAGGAUUUCCCCCCUCGAAUUGUUGAACAUCCUUCGGAUCUAAUUGUUUCCAAAGGAGAACCAGCAACUUUGAAUUGCAAGGCAGAAGGCAGACCAACACCAACUAUUGAAUGGUACAAAGGAGGAGAAAGGGUUGAAACUGACAAAGAUGAUCCUCGUUCUCAUCGGAUGUUGCUGCCCAGUGGAUCUUUAUUUUUCUUACGCAUAGUUCAUGGUCGCAAAAGUAGACCUGAUGAAGGAGUAUAUGUCUGUGUAGCAAGGAAUUACCUCGGUGAAGCUGUGAGCCACAAUGCAUCAUUGGAAGUAGCAAUACUGCGUGAUGACUUCAGACAAAACCCUUCUGAUGUUAUGGUAGCAGUUGGUGAACCAGCUGUGAUGGAAUGCCAACCUCCAAGAGGUCAUCCAGAACCUACCAUUUCAUGGAAAAAAGAUGGAUCUCCCCUGGAUGACAAAGAUGAGAGAAUUACAAUCAGAGGAGGAAAACUGAUGAUCACCUACACAAGAAAGAAUGAUGCUGGCAAAUAUGUCUGUGUUGGAACAAACAUGGUGGGAGAAAGAGAGAGUGAGGUAGCAGAACUCACAGUUUUAGAAAGACCAUCAUUUGUGAAGAGACCGAGUAAUUUGGCUGUAACUGCCGAUGACAGUGCAGAGUUUAAUUGUGAAGCACGUGGUGAUCCAGUGCCAACAGUAAGAUGGCGAAAGGAUGAUGGAGAAUUACCUAAAGCAAGAUAUGAAAUCCGUGAUGACCACACCUUGAAAAUUCGAAAAGUUACGGCAGGAGACAUGGGUUCUUACACAUGUGUUGCAGAAAAUAUGGUUGGAAAAGCAGAAGCAUCAGCAACUUUAACAGUUCAAGUUGUAUCUGAGCCACCACAUUUUGUUGUGAAACCUCGUGACCAGGUGGCAGCACUGGGCAGAACUGUUACUUUCCAGUGUGAAGCAACUGGAAAUCCUCAACCAGCCAUAUUUUGGCGAAGAGAAGGAAGUCAGAACCUACUUUUUUCAUACCAGCCUCCUCAGUCUUCCAAUCGGUUUUCUGUGUCUCAAACGGGUGAUCUAACUAUUACCAAUGUUCAGCGUUCUGAUGUUGGAUACUAUAUUUGCCAGACUUUAAAUGUUGCAGGAAGCAUCACAACAAAAGCAUACUUGGAGGUUACUGAUGUAAUUGCAGACCGACCUCCCCCUGUCAUUCGACAGGGUCCUGUAAAUCAAACUGUAGCUGUGGAUGGUACCUUAGUACUCAGCUGUGUGGCCACUGGCACUCUAAUGCCCACAAUUCUCUGGAGAAAAGAUGGCAUCCUUAUUUCUACACAGGAUUCCCGAAUAAAGCAGCUGGAAACUGGUGCAUUACAGAUUCGAUAUGCCAAGCUGGGUGAUACUGGUCGGUACACCUGCAUUGCCUCCACUCCAAGUGGUGAGGCAUCAUGGAAUGCUUAUAUUGAAGUCCAAGAAUUUGGAGUUCCAGUGCAGCCACCAAGACCCACUGACCCUAACUUGAUUCCAAGUGCACCAUCAAAACCUGAAGUUACUGAUGUUAGCAGAAAUACCGUAAUGCUGUCAUGGAAGCCUAAUUUGAAUUCUGGUGCAACACCAACCUCUUAUAUAAUAGAGGCCUUCAGCCAUGCAGCUGGCAGCAGCUGGCAAACUGUAGCAGAAAAUGUGAAAACAGAAACAUUUGCAGUUAAAGGACUGAAACCAAAUGCAAUUUAUCUGUUCCUUGUACGGGCUGCUAAUGCAUAUGGAAUUAGUGAUCCCAGCCAGAUAUCUGAUCCAGUGAAAACACAAGAUGUUCCACCAACAAGCCAGGGUGUGGAUCACAAGCAAGUACAGAGGGAGUUGGGUGAUGUCGUUCUACAUCUCCAUAAUCCCACAAUUCUUUCUUCUUCCUCAAUUGAAGUUCAUUGGACAGUUGACCAACAAUCCCAGUAUAUUCAGGGAUACAAAAUUUUGUACAGGCCAGCAACUGCUUCUCAAGGAGAGUCAGAGUGGUUGAUUUUUGAAGUAAGGACGCCAACGAAAAAUAGUGUUGUCAUUCCAAAACUCAAAAAAGGAGUGAACUAUGAAAUUAAGGCUCGGCCUUUUUUUAAUGAAUUUCAAGGAGCUGAUAGUGAAGUGAAAUUUGCUAAAACUCUGGAAGAAGCUCCAAGUGCUCCUCCACAAAGUGUAUCAGUAACCAAGAAUGAUGGAAAUGGAACUGCAAUUGUAAUAACUUGGCAGCCUCCUCCAGAGGACACACAGAAUGGAAUGGUUCAGGAAUACAAGGUCUGGUGCCUUGGCAAUGAAAGUCGAUACCACAUAAAUAAGACAGUGGAUGGUUCUACAUUUUCUGUGGUAAUCCCUUCCCUAGUUCCUGGCAUUCGAUAUAGUGUGGAAGUGGCAGCAAGUACUGGAGCUGGAGCUGGAGUGAAAAGUGAGCCUCAAUUUAUUCAGUUAGAUUCUCAUGGAAAUCCUGUGUCACCAGAAGACCAAGUCAGUUUAGCCCAGCAGAUUUCAGAUGUUGUCAAACAGCCAGCGUUCAUUGCUGGAAUUGGUGCUGCCUGUUGGAUUAUCCUGAUGGUUUUCAGCAUUUGGUUAUACCGCCACAGAAAGAAGCGAACUGGUCUCGCUAGUACUUAUGCUGGUAUAAGAAAAGUCCCGUCUUUUACCUUCACACCAACAGUAACAUAUCAAAGAGGCGGAGAAGCUGUAAGCAGCGGAGGCAGGCCAGGUCUUUUAAACAUCAAUGAACCUGCUACUCAGCCAUGGCUUGCUGAUACAUGGCCUAAUACUGGGAAUAAUCACAAUGACUGCUCUAUUAACUGCUGUACAUCAGGCAAUGGAAACAGUGACAGCAACCUCACUACCUAUAGUCGGCCAGCUGAUUGUAUAGCAAAUUACAACAAUCAGCUAGAAAACAAGCAAACAAACUUGAUGCUUCCUGAGUCAACAGUUUAUGGCGAUGUGGAUUUAAGUAACAAGAUCAAUGAAAUGAAAACUUUCAAUAGCCCAAAUCUAAAAGAUGGAAGAUUUGUCAACCAGCCAGGACAGCCUACACCUUAUGCUACUACUCAGCUUAUCCAGUCAAACAUCAGCAAUAAUGUUAACAGCAGCAGUGGUGAUUCAAAUGAAAAACACUGGAAGCCAUCUGCACAGCAGAAACAAGAGGUAGCACCUAUUCAGUACAACAUUAUGGAACAAAACAAGUUAAACAAAGAUUACAGAGCAAAUGACAAUGCACCAACUAUCCCAUACAACCAAACCUAUGAUCAGAAUACAGGUGGGUCUUAUAAUAGCUCAGAUCGAGGAAGCAGCACAUCUGGGAGUCAAGGACACAAGAAGGGGGCUAGAACCCCUAAGGCAACAAAGCAGGCUGGUAUGAACUGGGCAGAUCUACUUCCACCCCCUCCCGUACAUCCUCCUCCACAUAGUAACAGUGAAGAAUAUAGUUUAUCAGUUAAUGAAAGCUAUGAACAGGAAAAUCCAUGUCCAGUACCACCAGCAAGAAUGUAUCUACAGCAGGAUGAACUAGAGGAAGAGGAAGAAGAUGAACGAGGUCCCACACCGCCAGUUCGAGGAGCAGCUUCAUCUCCAGCAGCAGUGUCCUACAGCCAUCAGUCCACUGCCACAUUAACUCCUUCCCCACAAGAAGAACUCCAGCCUAUGCUACAAGAUUGCCAGGAGGAAAUAGCCCACUUGCAACACCCACCAGAUCGAAGGCGUCAACCUGUGAGUCCUCCUCCACCUCCAAGGCCUAUUUCUCCACCACAUACGUAUGGUUACAUUUCGGGACCUCUUGUAUCAGACAUGGAUACUGAUGCACCAGAAGAGGAAGAGGAUGAAGUGGACCUAGAAGUUGCCAAGAUGCAAAACAGAAGGCUUCUUUUGCGUGGCCUUGAGCAGACCCCAGCCUCAAGUGUAGGAGAUCUGGAGAGUUCUGUAACAGGUUCCAUGAUCAACGGAUGGGGUUCAGCCUCAGAAGAUGACAACAUUUCAAGUGGACGGUCUAGUGUUAGCUCCUCAGAUGGAUCCUUUUUCACAGAUGCAGAUUUUGCACAGGCUGUUGCAGCAGCAGCAGAAUAUGCUGGUCUUAAAGUAGCAAGGCGUCACAUGCAGGAUGCUGUGGGAGGCCGUAGACAUUAUCAUGCUGCACAUUGUCCAAGACCCACCAGUCCUGUUUCUACUGACAGCAACAUGAGUGCUGCUGUAAUUCAGAAGGUCCGACCUGCCAAAAAGCAAAAGCACCAGCAAGGACAUCUGCGCAGAGAAGUCUACACAGAUGACCUACCACCUCCACCAGUGCCACCUCCUGCUAUAAAAUCUCCCACUGCCCAAUCCAAAUCUCAACUGGAGGUACGGCCUGUCAUGUUGCCAAAGUUGUCUUCUAUAGAACCAAGAACAGAAAGAGCAGUAGAAAGAAAAGGAACAGGCUAUAAGGGAAAAGAAGGCGCCAAUGGCCGUCAGCAUUCUGACAUGCGGACAGGUUCAGGUGAGCGCCGAGAACCACAGGAACAGCAAAAUGAUAACAAACUGCGAGGAAACAAAGCAGGCAGGCGAGAUGGCACACCAGCAAAAACACAUCUUCUCCAAGAGGAUAUUCUGCCAUAUUGUAGACCUACAUUUCCAACAUCAAAUAACACUAGAGAUCCCAGUUCCUCAAGUUCCAUGUCAUCCAGAGGAUCAGGCAGUAGGCAAAGGGCAGAGCAAGCAAAUCUUGGUAGAAGGAAUAUUGCAGAAAUGCAGGUAUUUGGAACAUAUGAACAAGGAGAGGAUGAAGAAGAAGAAUUGCAGGUAAUGUGUAAUCAUUAAAGGAGUUGAAAUCUGUUGAAAAAAUAUGAAUGUUUAUCUCUCAAAACUAAUUUUC